AUGUCAUUUGCCUGGACCAUUGCAUGUACCACACCAUCGAAAACGGUUCAUCCUGCGGGCUGGGAGCCGACACAGGAGGAGAAGGACAAGGUUAUCGAGUUUUUCACCACCCCGGCAACUUUGCAGUGGCUUCUGAGCGCGCGGGUCUCGCUCUGGGGCGUCAAAGACUUUUACACGAUCCUACUCAACCUCGCGUCCAUCAUAGGUGGGCUUCCAGACGACCUAAACGACCUAGACGAGAUAUCCAAGAUAUCUGUAUCUCCCCAGGCGAAGAAGAAGAGCAAGAAACCGGCCCAGUCAGAAGCCCGGACUCGUUUACCUCCGGCUCUUCCUAGAGAAACAGUCCCUGGAGCACCCACUCGCCCAGAGGACCCUCCCUCACGGGAGGAGCAUCAACGGAGAGUGGCCCAAGGGUUAUUCAAUCACACUGCGCAACGACCCCAGCCUUUUCCGAAUACAUGGCGCACCCUCAACACCAGCGAGGAGUCGUAUCAACUAGCCCCGUCAGGCCGUGGCUACUAUCCUCAAACAACUCCCAGCUACGAGUAUUCUACCGCCCCAAACCAGUUUCUUCCAAAUGCGCCUUCUACAGGGCACACCUCCCACGACGACGAGUCGAAUCAACAGUCACGGGCACUAGUUCGGCCAGGCGCUAGCUACCAUCCUCCACCAACUCCCAGCAAUGUGCAUUAUGCCGCUUCGGGCCAGUCUCUUCCAAAUGUGGCUUCUACGGGCAAUCCACAACGGCCCCAGCCAACACCUCGACAGGCCUCGGCACGCCAGGCCCCCCAAAUUCAGGAGGGGUCUCAAUGGACACAGCCUCCAGCCACUCCGUAUACCGGCUACCCUCCUCAACAUCCCCCCCAGCAGCAAAGUACUCCUAUUCCCGGGUAUCAUGCUCGUGCUCCAGUAGCUGUUCCCAGCCCUCCGCGAGUUCCCACCCUUCUGCCAGUUGCCACCCCUCUGCUAGCUGACACCCCUCUGCCAGUUGACAUCCCUCUGCUAGUUGACACCCCUCUGCCAGUUGCCACCCGUCCGCGAACAAGCCAUGGGGGUGCCGGAAACUCGCAUACAGCCACUCCGCAACAGGGCCACAGCCGAGGAAGCUCAAUAUCUGCUGGGAGUAGCGGAUAUGUCCCAGAAUCACCACGGUCGGGGCCCGGCACUCUGGCUGGUAUCGCAAACACAGAAGUUGGACAUUCAGGCGGACCUGUCUUUGUUCAAGCCCCUUCAACAACCACUCAGUCGGCACUGAAAGGCAACGCAUUCGUGGGACAUAUGGAACAUACUCGAUCAGACUCAGGCAACAGCCACAGCUCUGCCAGCCUUGACCGGCAACAGCAAAAAACGCGGGUAUCAGCGCUGGCCAGGAGCGAUACGGGGCUUGCCGAUUUAACAGGGUAUUUGAGCAUAAGCGAGGAGAGCAGCAAGAGUCAACCCAAACCAACAGAGACCACAGGGACCACUAGAAAGAAGCACAAGCUCCAGGAGAGCUCGUCAGGAGGAUUUUCUACCAGCUCCAGCUCAACCGACAGCAACAGGGUACCCAGUGCCAGUGGGCCGCCAUCUUCUCCCGGCCAUGGCGGUGGAGGCGGCGGCGGCGGCGGCACUCAGUCGUCUCAGCAGGCCGCAGGCAGCUCGAGAAAGGAUAGGCCAUCGAAAGCUAAGAAACCCAAGCCGCCGCCGACGAAACCUGAGAGGACUAAGCGGUAAUACGUUGAGGGGUUUUUUCACACGAAACGCUGAUAUAAUUAUGUCUUGGGAGGAUCAGUCUGGACCCAUCGACAUUUCCACCUUCACGACCACAAUUACCCACCUUACCUAAGGCACCCACUUU